AUCGCGUAUUGUUUUGACGACAAGAAUAAAAUGGACAAAUCAAUAAAGACUCCAUUAUCUGAAUUUGUAGAUUAUACACCAAGGACACCAUUUCGAAGACUGGAAAUAAACCCAAAUAUACAAGUGUCGACAACUGGUAUCAGUUAUGCUAGAGAAAAAAGAGCUCAGUACUUUCAUCAGUUAGCACAACAAUCAGCUGCUACUCUUCAACCUGGAUCAUUUAUGGAUUCACCUUUAGUAAGAAGACAUGUAGGGAUUAGUGCUCAGGUUGCCGAUAUUGAUUCUGAAGAGAGUGAAGAAGAUACUUUCUUUACAAAGAAAACAGAAUGGAAGCUCGAGGAUUUCAAGAUAGGAAAACAUUUGGGAACAGGAAAGUUUGGAACUGUCUAUAAAGGACAGGAAAAAUCAAGUAAAAAGGUUGUGGCAUUAAAAAUCCUCAACAAAAAAGAUCUCCAACAUUCAAGAGUUGUUCCCUUUGUUAAAAGAGAAAUAGAAAUACAGGCACACCUUCACCAUCCUCACAUCCUACGGUUAUAUGGAUACUUUCAUGAUAAAAUCAAUGUUUAUGCUGUACUAGAGUAUGCAGAGAAAGGGGAGCUUUACCAAAAAUUGGCUAACGAAAAGAGAUUUGAUGAGAAACAAGCAGCAAAUUAUUUGGUCCAACUAAGCCAUGCAUUAGAGUAUAUACAUCGUCUUGGUGUGAUACACAGAGAUUUGAAGCUAGAAAAUAUUUUAAUAUCAAAGGAUGGUUCUCUGAAAAUAAGUGAUUUCGGAUGGGCAGUUCAUGAUCCAAGACCAAGGCGAAAGACAUUCUGUGGGACAUUAGAUUAUUUACCACCAGAGAUGAUUGAUAAUGAACCCCAUACAGAAGCUGUUGAUGUUUGGUCACUAGGGAUUAUAUGUUAUGAGAUGUUGACAGGUAGACCGCCGUUUGAACACCUAGAAAACGAUGAAAAAGCAAACAUUGAAAAGACAUAUGAAUUCAUAAAGACUGUACAUAUUCUAUUUCCAAGCUAUAUAAGUAACGAAGCUAAAGGAUUCAUAUUGAAGUUACUACAAAGGGAUCCAGCAAAAAGAAUGAAGUUAUCAGAUAUGGAAGAGGAUGCUUGGAUUAAGGCCAAUAUAAAGACGACUGUAUGA